AUGUGGGGGUGUCCCGGAUGUGGAUGUGGGACGUUAUGGGUUGAACAAUUGAGGCCCAUCAGUUUGAAUAGAACCAUGAUCGGAGAUGUGGGAUUUAUGCGUGGCGCCGUUUCGCGACUUGAUCCAGCAUUCAGUGAUUUAAAACAACAGUAUCUACUCCCGCCUCCCGGCCGGAAUGCCAGUCUGGGCAUUCUGCCUUCCGAUCCUAUUUGUCGGGACACCCAGCAGGCCGCGUGGCCGGGCGACUUCAUAGCCUUGCAAUAUCAAGAGAACGGACAUGUCACUCUUUGGGAGAAUAAGCCUAGAAACUUUGCGGUAUGGAUUUAUGGCACCUCAUCACCUUCUGAGUAUGAUCGUCUCCUUUCUAUCCACCGCGUCUGGGAUAGGUCUAGAACGGGAGGGGAUAAAAAGGGUGUGCUUUUGGCCACCCGGUCUUUCGACGACGGUAGAUGUUACCAGAUCAAUCAUGAGCCAAUUUCUUCGGCACGCCAGAAAACUUACUUUAAGGCCCUUAUGAACCCUCAGGGCGCUGAUCUGUGGUACCAGAACGAUUUGCGACUUUCUACGAGCAUUCAUGAUAACUAUACGCUUUGUAUGGAUGUUCAGAUCUUAUCGGGCGUUCAGAAUGGGACGGUCGUAUUCGAGGAGGGCCCAGACCUGAACUUCGCCGGUAUUGAGGAACAGAUGCUUACAAGUUAGAUGUCAUAAAUGAGUUCUAUAAUGUCACAGCAAUAGUCUUUUCCUGGCCAAGUCUAAAGCAG